UUGUCGCGAGCCCAGCCCAGCACCACGCACCAUUGGGCGCUUUGAUAACGUACUGAUAACCUUUGGGCCAAAACCAUGGCCUGUGCUAGAACAUUUGUUCAAAUAUUGGUCCAAACCCUAAUACUUUCGUGUUACGCUGAACCUCAGUUGGAUUUGCCUCCUUUACCCCAAGUUUCUACCCAAAGAAAUCCUUACUAUGGACUGUCGAGUACAACUCCUGCUAAUCAAUACGAUUUAAACAGGAAUUUCCAAUUUACUUCUGCAAGACCGCAAGGAUCAAUCACACCAGGAGUAUACCCUGUUUCGUCGACUCCAAUCAGCAGAAUUAACCCCGAUAUAAACAACAAUGGGUAUCCGAGUUUGGAUUACGGGAACGGACGUAAUCCUACAUCUACUUUACGUCCGAAUGAUGACAGAAAUAGGGAAUUACGUCCAUUCGACGACAGGUCCCGAGAUGAUCGUAUUGAUAUUAACAAUGAUGCAAACUUCAGGAGAAAUGAUCCGAAUUUCGCUCGGAAUGAUCCAAAUUAUGUUGGGACCAAUCCGUACACUUUUAAUGGAGAUGUGAAUAGUAAUCGUCUUGAUGACCGGUUCAAUCACGCUAGUUUACAGCGUGUGAGGGAUUUUCUCCUUCAAGCGGAUGAGCAAGCUUCCAAGGAGUGUACGAAUAACGUUGCAGCUCAGUGGAAUUUCGAAACUGACGUAAAUGACGCAACACAACAUGCAGCUUUAGAAGCACAGCAACGCUACACCCUCUUCCAGCGAGGGCUGUGGGAGGCGGCGCAGCACGUGCCUCGCGGAGCCAUUAGAGACUUCGGCACCUUCAGGCAGCUGCGUAUGCUCUCCAUCAUAGGACCCGCUGCGUUACCUCCAGAUCAGCUGGACAGAUACAACCGCAUAAUCAACGACAUGCUAGCAGUGUACAAUACAGCAGAGAUAUGCGCAUACAAUGAGCCGUUCAAAUGCGGUCUCCACCUCCAACCAGAUCUGCAGUUCAUCAUGUCCCACUCCAGGGACUGGGAUGAGCUCCAGCAUGUCUGGACGGAGUGGAGGAGGAACACCGGCAGGCGGAUCCGGGACCUGUAUGAACAGCUUGUGGAUUUGACCAAUCAGGCUGCAAGGCUCAAUAAUUUCACCGAUGCCUCGGCGUAUUGGAUGUUCCCGUAUGAAUCCUUCAGCAUGAGGCAAGAGGUCGAAGAAGUCUGGGAACAGGUCAAACCCAUAUAUGACCUGCUCCACGCCUACGUCCGCCGGCGGCUCCGAGAGGCGUACGGCCCGGAGAGGAUCUCAAGAUCUGCGCCCAUCCCUGCUCAUAUACUCGGUGAUAUGUGGGGACAGAGCUGGUCGGGUAUUGUGCCCUUUACCCUGCCCUACCCGGGCAAGAAUCUCGUUGAUGUUACCCCGGAAAUGGUGCAACAGGGUUACACACCACUAACAAUCUUUCAACUGGCAGAAGAGUUCUUCGUUUCCAUGAACAUGUCAGCGAUGCCUCAGGACUUCUGGGCGCUGAGUCUGUUCGAACAGCCCGCCAAUAGGCACACCCACUGCCAACCAUCCGCCUGGGACUUCUGCAAUGGCCAUGAUUAUCGCAUCAAGAUGUGCACCCACCCAGACAUGAAAGACUUGAUCACGGCUCACCAUGAGAUGGCGCAUAUCGAAUACUUCUUGGCGUACAAAAACCAGCCCAAGGUGUUCCGCGAUGGUGCCAACCCAGGUUUCCAUGAAGCGAUCGGCGAGGCCAUCGCACUCUCAGUAUCCUCUCCCCGCCACCUGCAGACCCUCGGCCUCAUCCAGCGCUCAGUGGAUGACACAGCCCAUGACAUCAACUACCUUUACACGCAGGCUAUGGACAAGCUGUCCUUCCUGCCUUUCGCGCUGGUGAUGGACAGGUGGCGAUGGGAUGUAUUCACUGGUGAUGUCCGGAAGGAGCAGUAUAAUUGCCAUUGGUGGAGACUAAGGGAGCAGUAUGGAGGAAUCAAGCCGCCGGUACUCCGAUCCGAGCUGGACUUCGACCCUGGCUCCAAGUACCACAUUCCGGCCAACAUCCCGUAUAUAAGAUACUUCGUGAGCACCAUCCUGCAAUUCCAAAUUCACCGCGCCCUGUGCGAGAGAACCGGCCAGUUCAUCCCGGGCGACCCAUCUCGCCCGCUGCACAAGUGCGACAUCUACCGGAACCCGGAGGCUGGGAGGAUAUUGACGCGUCUCAUGGAGCGUGGUUCCUCAGUACCCUGGAGCCAAGUCCUGCAGGAGUCGAUCGGCGAGACCAGGCUGAACGGGGAUGCCAUGAGGGAGUACUUCAGGCCGCUGGAGGAGUGGCUUCGAAGUGAGAACCUUAGAACUGGGGAGUAUCUGGGAUGGAGCUAUGACGGAGAUUACUGUAAAUUCAGCAUCGAAACAGCAGGUCUCCAAGUCUACGGUGGGUUCUACAACGCGGCCAGCACACACUUCGAUGUCACAACGUUUGUCAUACUGCUGAUAACUUCCGCUGUGGCCACCGCUUCGGCACUGCGCUGGCGGUGAUCAUCACUAUCUUGUAAUCACGAGAAAGUGUAGAGCACAAAUAAACUAAAUAUGAUCACAGGUUAUCUUUGACUAGCUGAAGCCCGCGACUUCCGGUAUAGGUUUUAUUAAAAAUCAUGUAAGAACUCUUUAAU